AAUGAUGCCACGCAAUUCACACAUGGCCGAGCCUUCCCGCGCACGGAACGGUCUCUAAUUCGAUGAGAAAAGGUGGUGAAUGUUUUCAUUUCACCCAAAGAAUAAGAUUGAAGAGAGAGAGAGAGCACCGGCAUUUUUAUUAUCCGAGACCCAGGUAACGUCUUUAACUGUUACCUUAACCAAUCACCAGCUGACACGUUGACAUCACGCCCUUUGUACGUUACCUUCCAUGGCAUAUUAACCGCCUCCUCUGUUUCGGUUUAUAAACGCCCCGAAACUUCACUCUGUUGUUUCCUCACAACUCUCUCUCUCUCUCUCUCUCUCUCUCAAUGUAAUUAGUUGAUUUAAUUGCUAUUUCUUCUUUGCUUUUUUUGUUCUUCGUUUUGUAGCUUUUGUUCUGUCUGGAGAUUUUAAGAACACAGAGAGAAAAUGGAUGAUGAAUUUGCAAAGCUUAUUAUGAGAAUCAACCCUCCAAGAGUUGUUGUUGAUAAUGAUGCUUGCGAGCAUGCUACCUUCAUACAGGUUGAUAGUGUGAAUAGGCAUGGUAUUCUCCUUGAAGUUGUCCAGAUUCUUUCAGACCUGAACCUUGUUGUAACCAAGGCAUAUAUCUCAUCUGAUGCAGGAUGGUUUAUGGAUGUGUUCUAUGUGACAGAUAAUCAUGGAAACAAAAUUACAGAUGAGCAGAUCCUCAGUUAUAUACAGAAGACUCUUGAUACUAGAGUCUCUUUCUUAAAUUCAAUGAGGAGCUCUGUUGGUGUAAUUCCUUCUAAGGAGCAUAGCUCAAUAGAACUAACCGGUAGUGACAGGCCAGGGCUUCUAUCGGAGUUAUCUGCAGUCCUAGCAGACCUAAGGUGCAAUGUGGUGAAUGCUGAGAUCUGGACACAUAAUGGUAGAGCUGCAGCAGUUAUCCAUGUGACAGACCAGUCAACAGGGCAUGCAAUUGAAGAACCGAAUAGACUUUCAAUGAUCAAGGAACUACUCUUCAAUGUCAUGAAAGGCAACAGUGAUUUUAGGAUACCUAGAAUGUCAAUUUCCUCUUCUGGAGUAAUACAUAGAGGGAGAAGAUUGCACCAGAUGCUGUUUGCUGAUAGGGAUUUUGAGAGGCCUAAGAAUGUGGAAUUUAAAAGUUCAAACCCCCAUGUAACUGUGCUGGAUUGCAGUGAUAGGGAUUAUACAGUUGUGACUAUAAGGUCCCUGGAUCGACCAAAGCUAUUGUUCGACACUCUUUGCUGUCUAACAGACAUGGAAUAUGUGGUUUUCCAUGGAACAGUCAUCACAGGAAGAAUGGAAGCCUAUCAGGAAUACUAUAUCAGGCAUGUUGAUGGAUUCCCUAUAAGCUCAGAAGCUGAGCAACAACGAGUUGUAGAGUGUCUUGAAGCAGCCAUUGAAAGGCGGGCCUCAGAGGGCCUGGAAUUGGAACUCUGUACAGAUGAUCGUUUCGGGCUCCUUUCAGACAUUACAAGGAUAUUUCGUGAAAACGGUUUGUGCAUCAGAAGAGCUGAAAUAUCCACCAAGGGUGGGAAAGCAAACGAUACUUUCUUUGUCACGGAUGUUUCAGGUAAUCCCGUUGAUCCCAAAACUGUGGAUUUGAUCCAGAAUCAGAUAGGACAAGGCAAUCUUCAGGUAAAAGGCAAUUCCUUUGUAUCUCCGAAACUUCCCAAGGAGACAACAGGAAGUUUCCUAUUUGGGAACUUCUUCAAAGGACGAAGUUUCCAAAACUUUAAGCUCAUCAAAUCUUGCUCAUAAUCUCUGUUCCCUGUUAGUUUUUGGAAGGGAACAGCGAAAUGCUUCCUUGAGAAAAUACACUGAAGAUGUCACCUCUGAAAAGUUACAAAAAGGGAAAAGGUAGCGCUAGCU